AAGAGACUCACUACAGGCCAGAAACAGGAAGAGGGGUUAUUUCCCCUUCUCAGAAAUCGAAACUUACCAGCCAGAACCUGCUGAAGCAAUUACUCAGCAGAGGAGUGCCCAGAUCCUGCAGGUACAGUUCUGAUAGAAGCAGGGCUUCGUGGACUAUGGCUCUCUUGUCCCAGGUGAGCCCAGACAGUCUGCAGACACAGGCGAUGGAGGAAGAAUUCCAGUUCCUGCUCUGCCAGGGAUGCCAGAAAGAACUCAGAAAUCCUAAGCUCCUGUCUUGCCUUCACACUUUGUGUGCUGACUGCCUGGAAGAGAACAAGCCUGUUGGCCAGUGCCCCAUCUGCCACGCUCCCAUCCCACAAGCCAGUGGGAUCCCAGACCAGGACAACCUGCUCUUUGCCAAUUUGCAGGCCAAGCUGAGCACCUACCAGAAGAUCGUCCAAGGCAAUGACCUGGUCUGUGACAACUGUGGGCAAGAGGGAGAGUUCUGGUGCUCUGACUGCAAGGAGUUCCUUUGUGUCAAGUGCUUUGAGACCCACCAGAGGUAUCUAAAGCGAGAGAGCCAUGAGGCCAAGGCGGUGAGGGAUCUCAAGAUGGGAUCUGCCAAGGAGUUUCUCGAUGGUUCCAGGAAGCUCAGUAACUUGUCCUGUCCCAAUCCAACCCACGCAAACCAAAUGCUGAGCAUCUACUGCAGAGAGUGCCAAAAACCGAUCUGCUGCAUCUGUGCUCUGCUGGACAGCCAGCACACAGGCAAGCACUGUGAUAUCAAGGUGGAAAUCCAGCAGAGGCAGCAGGAGCUGGGGAGCGUGAGUGAAGAGCUGAAGAAGAAGGAGGAACUCUUCCAAGAUGCCUAUUGUAACCUGAAGAGAAAAGCUGACCAUCUGGACCAGGUGAGGAAUGAAACCCAGGAGCUGAUCCAAAAGAGAGUUGAGCAGAUGGUGCAACUGAUCCGAGAGAAGGAGCAGGAACUGCUGGAGAUGGUGGAGAGGCAGCACCACCUGGGGAAUGAGGAGCUGGAGGGGAAGCUGCAGCAGACAGAAGCCGUGCUCAAGAGAAUGGGCGCCAGCAAGCAGCUGGUGGAGAAGAUGCAUCUCUAUGCAUCGGACCAGGAAGUAAUGGACCUGCACUCCUUCAUCAAGGGGUCACUGGAGGAGCUCAGGAAGCUGCAGCCCCUGGCCGUGGGAACCAGUAUCCAGGCUGGAGGCUUCGCCAAGUGUAAAGCCAGACUCCAGGCUCUGUUUGAAAGAGUGACUGGGGAGGGAGAAGCUGCCCCAGCUAGAUUCACAGAUAAUUUCAGCAAGGCCCCGUCAUUAUCUUUACCAGUGAAGAGGAAAGGAGUCCAAACCGAGGCCCCUGCGAAGGUGAUCAAGACUGAAGCUGAUGCAGGCAAAUGGGAGCAUUUAGCAAGGAAGCACCAGCAGAAUUUGCUGGAACAACCGGGGACCAGCUCCUCAACAUCAAGCAGCUCUUCAUGUGUGACUGACAGCUUCAGUGCAGCCAAAGCAACUGACUUGCUGGAAAAUAACAUCUACAAACUUUGUGAGCCAGAUGGUCCCACAGGUUGUUUGGACAGCUCUGAAGGGGAUGACAGUGAUGAAGAGUCAACAGACUCUAGUCUGCCAGACAACAUCAACAGCGUCAGUUGUGAGAGCAGCGAGGGAGACCUCCUGGCCUUUCCUGCUGGCAGCCCGAGGGAACUCGACAUAAGACAAGCAUCACUGCUCUUCUUCGACCUCAAGUUCUUGACAGUGAAUAAGGUCCUUCAGCUGGCUGUGGUGGAUGGAGAAAAGAGCUUUACCGUCUUGAUUCAGCCGCUGAAAUCUUUGCCUGGCUUGAUCUCAAAAGGCGGCGUCUGUGAGAUUGGUGUGAAGACAUUAUUCCACUACCUCUGCUCUGUCUACAAACCCAUUUUAGCAGGGUAUGACCUCUGGUCACCAGCCCUUCCUGUCCUGUUUCAAUCCCUAGAUCUCCUUAGCAAGAAAGAGGAGUUUAGUGCAGCUGUCUUUGGUUUCCUGGACAUCUUGCCCCUGAUUAAAGAGAAGAUCCCCAAGGCUGGGAGUUACAAACUGAAGAACCUGGCCAACACUUACAUUUGGCGGCAGCUCAGUGAUAACAGCCCCCUGGAUAAUGCAAAGGCCCUAAGGGAUCUGUGCACAGUUCUGGAGGUUGAUCUAGUGGAGGAUCCAAGGCCUGUGCUCACCUGCUCUAAUCUGGAAUGUUAUGCUUCCCUUCAGCCAUUGCUGAAUGAGAAACUUCUCAGUAAGCCUUCAGUGCAGAUGCUGUCCAUGCACAACGUGAGCCUUUCCAAGCUCCACACCUUAUACCUGAUGGACCCUGAGAAAGGGCUGCAGAAGUUCUGCAGGUUCUUCAAUUCUCGGCUGCAGAGCUCUGAGAAGAAAAUCCGAAAGCUAAGUAAGAUCAAAGCCCAUUUCCAGAGCCCACAGCCAUCAGCUGGGCACCAAGCAGCAGCAGCAAAUGAACUGCCACAAGCAAUAAAGAGUGAGCCAGACUACUGACAUACAUCUACAGUUCAGACAAAUAUAUCUGUGUAUGGCACCUCAGGUAUGAGGCUGAGCAGCAACAUUCAGCUCUCAGGUCCAGACUCCACCAGAAUUCAAGAAGUUUAGAUUCACCAUUUUCAGUUUGGCCCAUUAUUUAGAGCAGGGCCUGUUAAAAGCUCACAUCUAGAUCUGAACUACGAAUUUCAGGGAUGCUUGGAUCAGGUGUUUGGAAAGGGAGGUGGAGCUCUCCCCCCCCAUUUGUAUUUAUUUCAUGUACAAAACUUUGUUAAGGUGAAGUGCUUAGGACACUAGCCUAGGGAGACAUGGGUUCAAGUCCCUGCUCCACCACAGACCUCCUGUGUGACCUGGGGCAAGUCAUGUAGCCACUCUCUGCCUUAGUUUCCCUUCUGCACAAUAGGGAAAAUAGCCCUGCCCUGCCUCGCUGGAAUGUUAGGAGGCAGUGGUUAUAUUCUAUGGGACCAAAUAAAUACACAAGAUAGACCGCAAUCAGGAUUGCAGAGCCAUGUCAGUGGCUUGAGGACAUACUGCCUGUCAGGAAUAUUAAAGUCCCUCAAGCAUUAAACCCCCCAACGGUACAGAGUUAAGGGUGCUACUCUGAGCAGGACUCCUGGUAGUAAUAACUCUGCAAUCUGACCAUACAUGGUUUCCAUCAGUGCUGCCAUCAAUGGAGCUGCACCAGUAGUUACGGGACCUAAUUUUCCUAGUGCAGACAAGGCCUGUGUUACCUGAUAUAUCCAUUCCCUCCCUUCUGCUUGGUGUACAGCCCAGAUCCUCAAAAGUGUGUAGGCACAUAACUCAAUUGAGAGUCAGGCACCUAAAUACUUUUGAGGAUCUGGACCUACAUGACUAGAGGGAGGACUCUAUCCAGCCAGUACUUCCUUGUAUUUAUUAUCACCAUCAGCCUGGAGAGUAAACAACUUUUAUACAAUUAUAUGCACAAGAAUUGCCUAUGUGAUUGAUUCAGGGGGCUGGACUCGAUGACUUUUCACAGUUCCUUUUAGUCUUACAUGUCUAUGAUUGUGUCAGCAGCACGCAGGGCAAGGGGAAUUUUAAUUAUAAUAAAAUGAAUUGUCUUUGCUCCCUUCUAGAAGUGUGGCGUAGAUCCUCAAAGAUAUGACACCUAACUCACAUUGAUUUUGUGCAAGUUAGGAGCUUAAAUAUCCGUGAGGAUCUGGACCACUGUCCUCUUUGUAUUUUCCUACUUACCCUGCACCUUUCCUGCUACUUUCCAAUGUAGAUUGCAAAUUCCUUGGAGCAGAGAAUCCAUUGUCAUUGGUGUUUGUAAAGGGCUAUGUAAGUAAGAAAUAAAAUUCAUAAUUUGAUAUGAA